CUCGGCAGCGAGGCCGGCCCGUCGCCCCUUCCCCCCACCCCCGCCGACCUUGCCGGCAGAAGCUUCCCGGAGCUCUUCACGCCGGCGCGAUGGCGACUGCUGGGGAGACGGAGGCCUCUCCGCCGACGGACGCGAGCUGGGAAAGUGGCGGCGGCGGGGACGACGAGAUGAAGCAGGCGCUUCCGGAGCUUGAGUCCUCCCCACAAAAUGGCGGCGGCGGCCUCAGCAUCGCGGAGCCCGGCGGCGGCGCCGGGCCUGAGGAGACAGCAGCGGCCUCGGCCGCCCCGAGCGUCAGCCACGAGCAGACUCAGGACUCGUCUGAGGCGGGCGCGGCCGCUGUGCCCAAAGGCCCCGAAGAGCCCGAAAGACCCGUUAGGAGGAGUUUUCAGAUCCCCAGGAAGAGCAGAGAAAAGAAAGCACUUUUUCAGCCAUUAACUCCAGGCUCUCGAGAAUUUGAAGACGUUCUAAAUAUUCUCCAUUCAUCUUACCUUGAACCAACCUCAGUAACAAAUUUUAACUACAAACGUGCUUGCUUGAUACAUAAUGAACUUUUGGAAAAGGAGUUCACCGAAAAGCGAAGAGAACUGAAGUUUGAUGGUCGUUUGGAUAAAGAACUUUCGGAAUCCUAUGCAUUUCUUAUGGUUGAUCGAUAUCAGGUGCAAAGCAUAUGUGAAAAAGGAUUACAGGUGGGCCAGUCCAAAAUAACCAUUCUUGGCAGUCCUUCCAUGGGUAUCUAUCUUUCUAAGUAUGCUGAUUUAUUACAAGCUAACCCUUUGGAAGCUGGGGCAGUGGGCGAUGUUGUUAUUUUUAAAAUAAUGAAGGGUAAAAUAAAAAGUUUGGAAUCUAUAUUAAAUAAAAGUGCUUUGGACCCAACGCCGAAACAUGAAUGUCACGUGUCAAAGAAUGCCAAUAGAGUUACAUCACUUUUGGCUUACAGAGCCUAUGAGCUUACCCAGUAUUAUUUUUAUGAGUAUAUCUUUGAUGAACUCAGGCGAAGACCAAGACAUGUGUGUCCAUAUGCUGUUGUAUCUUUUACUUACAAAGAUGAUAUACAAACUCCGAAGUUUGUACCUUCAUCAAGAUCUAACAGUUUCAAUGCAGAUAGAAACACUGACAAAUUUAACUACACCUUGUGGAAAGGACAGCUUUUAAAUAAAGGGAAGCUUUUGUGUUAUAUUUCUCUGAGGUCAACCACUCGUGCUUUUUUGCCUAUCAAGCUUCCCGAAAAGUUAGAUGUUGAAACAGUUAUGAAUAUUGAUCAUCUGAAACAGAAAAUCCCUCCGGCGCUGUUUUAUAAGGAAACAUACUUAGGUCCAAGUGAAGUUUUGAAGAAUGGAAUGUAUUGCAGCCUUUAUGAAGUUGUAGAAAAGACAAGAAUUGGAAGUAACAUGGAGAGUUUACUACAAAAACUAGAGAAAGAAAAACUUGUUCUUGUUAAACCUUUGGGAGACCGAGGAUACCUAUUUCUUCUCUCUCCUUGUCAAAUGGUUUCUCCAUAUGAACAUCAGACUGCCAAGUCUCGAGUCCUGCAUGCUUUAUUUCUAUUUCAAGAACCUAGAGGCAUAGUUACUUCACAAAAAGGUUCAACUAAUGCAGCACCACAGAAGAGACAUGAGAGCAUGACAGAUGUAUUAAAAAUAACUCAGUUUUUACAGUUUGCUUUGAUUCAGUGUCGAAAGGAAUUCAAAAAUAUGAAUACUAUAAAUUUUCAUUCUGUUGUUGAAAAGUAUGUAAAUGAAUUUUUUAAGCGAGGUUUUGGUUCAGGUAAACGAGAGUUUAUCAUGUUUCCAUACGAUUCACGAUUAGAUGAUAAAAAAUUCUUAUACUCAGCUCCAAAAAAUAAAUCCCAUAUUGAUAAUUGUUUGCAUGCCUAUAUUUUUCGGCCUGAAAUGUAUCAGUUACCAAUUUGUAAAUUAAAAGAGCUUUUUGAAGAAAAUAGAAAACUUCAACAGUUCAGUCCACUUUCAGAUUAUGAAGGCCAAGAAGAAGAAAUGAAUGGUACAAAAAUGAAAUUUGGAAAACGAAAUAACUCAAGGGGUGAAACUAUUAUACCUAGAAAGCACAAGUCCUCUCAUUCUUUGGAUUAUGAUAAGGAUAGAGUCAAAGAAUUGAUUAAUUUAAUUCAGUGUAGGAAAAAAAAUGUGGGUGGGGACUCAGACACAGAAGAUAUGAGAAGCAAAACUGUCUUGAAGAGGAAGCUUGAGGAUCUACCUGAAAAUAUGAGAAAGCUCGCCAAAACCAGUAAUUUAUCUGAAAAUUGCCAUCUAUAUGAAGAGUCUCUGCAGCCUAUUGGCUCUCUUGGGCAUGAUGCUGAUUUGAGACCUCAGCAGCAAGAUACCUCUAAUUCCGGUGUUGCUGACAUCCAUCGGCUGUUUAACUGGCUAUCAGAAACACUAGCAAAUGCACGUCAUUCUGAUGCAUCCUUGACAGACACAGUCAACAAAGCCUUAGGAUUGAACACUGAUGAUGCCUAUGAAGAGUUGAGACAAAAGCAUGAGUAUGAGUUGAACUCUCCCGCAGAUAAGAAAGAAUAUGAGCAGUCUACUUGUGCAAAAAUUGAAAAUGUGCAUUUUAAGGGUACUCAGAGCCCAUUGUUAGAAAUUGAUACAUCAUUGUUAAAGUAUCCUGUUGCUGUUUCUACCAGUGAAGUAGGCACUGACCAUAAACUACAUUUGAAAGAAGAUCCAAAUUUAAUUAGCAUGAAUAAUUUUGAAGAUUGCAGUUUGUGUCCCACUGUUCCCAUUGAACAUGGAUUCCGCAGACAAUCUAAGUCAAAUGAUGUUGAAGAGACUGAAAUACAUUGGAAACUGAUUCCAAUUACAGGAGGGAAUGCAAGAAGCCCAGAAGACCAGCUGGGGAAACAUGGUGAGAAACAAACACCAGGUAUGAAAUCACCAGAAGAACAACUGGUGUGUCUGCCACCACAGGAGGCCUUUCCUAACGACCCCCGGGUAAUAAGUAGACAGAGAAGUUCUGAUUACCAGUUUCCAUCCUCUCCAUUUACAGACACACUAAAGGGCACCACUGAGGAUGACGUGUUGACAGGUCAGGUGGUGACAGUGGAGGAGCAGUGUGUGCCAGCAGCAGAGCCACCAACAAUGAGUGAAACCACAGAGAGGACAGUGUUAGGAGAGUACAGUCUCUUUUCUAGGAAGAUAGAAGAGAUUUUGAAGCAAAAGAAUGUUUCAUAUGUCAGUAGAAUUUCCACACCUAUUUUUUCAACACAAGAGAAGAUGAAACGGCUUUCUGAGUUCAUAUAUUCUAAGACUUCCAAAGCUGGUGUACAGGAGUUUGUAGAUGGCUUGCAUGAGAAACUAAAUACUAUUAUUAUCAAAGCAUCAGCCAAGGGUGGGAAUUUGCCACCAGUCAGUCCUAAUGAUUCUGGUACUAAGAUAGCACUGAAUCCUCUGGGAAAGCCUGUCAUCCCAAUUUCCUCAAGUGACUUCAACAAUAAACAGCUCCUUGAACCACUUUGUAGUGAUCCUUUGAAAGACACCAACUCCAGUGAGCAGCAUUCCUCUUCAUCUUUGGGUUUAACCGAAGUAGAAGUGAACCAGCCACACCAUGCCACAGAGAUAAUGGUGACUUCUGACCAUACUGUACCUGGUGAUACUGUACGGGAACCAGUAGAAAAAGAAACAACAAAAUCGCCCAGUGAUGUAAACAUUUCUGCCCAACCAGCUCUUUCAAAUUUUAUAAGCCAGUUAGAACCUGAAGUAUUUAACAGUUUGGUUAAAAUCAUGAAAGAUGUCCAGAAAAAUACUGUGAAAUUUUAUAUUCAUGAAGAAGAAGAGAGUGUGCUCUGUAAAGAAAUAAAGGAAUAUCUUAUCAAAUUAGGCAAUACAGAAUGUCAUCCAGAACAGUUUUUGGAAAGAAGAUCAAAAUUAGAUAAACUAUUGAUUAUUAUUCAGAAUGAAGACAUUGCAGGCUUCAUUCACAAGGUACCUGGCUUGGUGACUUUAAAGAAGCUCCCUUGUGUUAGUUUUGCUGGUGUUGAUAGUCUGGAUGAUGUUAAAAAUCAUACAUAUAAUGAAUUAUUUGUAUCUGGAGGUUUUAUCGUGUCUGAUGAAUCCAUUCUAAAUCCAGAAGUUAUCACAAUUGAAAACCUUAAAAAUUUUUUGACAUUCCUCGAAGAACUUAGUACUCCGGAAGGAAAAUGGCAAUGGAAAGUCCACUGUAAAUUUCAGAAAAAACUAAAGGAAUUGGGCAGAUUGAAUGCUAAAGCUCUAAGUCUGUUGACGCUUCUGAAUGUCUAUCAGAAGAAGCAUCUGGUUGAAAUUCUGUCGUACCACAAUUGUGAUUCACAAACUCGAAAUGCACCAGAAUUGGAUUGCCUCAUCAGACUUCAGGCUCAGAACGUACAGCAAAGACACAUAGUCUUUUUAACAGAAAAGAAUAUCAAGAUGAUUUCCAGUUAUACAGAUAAUGGAAUAGUGGUUGCAACUACUGAAGACUUUAUGCAAAACUUUAAAAAUCUUGUGGGCUAUCACAACUCAAUCACAGAAGAAAACCUUCCACUGCUUGGUGCUAAUGAGAAUCUUGAGUCGCAGUCAGCUCUUUUAGAAAACGAUGAAAAGGAUGAAGAGGAUAUGUCUCUGGAUUCAGGGGAUGAAAUCUCACAAAUAGAAGUAUGCAGCAAUUUUCAUUCAGAAAUAUUGGCGAAAGAGACCAAAGGAUCACGUGGAACAGAUCAAAAUAAGAAUAUUCAAAUUGAGUUGCAAUCGUCUCUUGACGUGCAAAAAAGUUUAUUAGAAGAUAAGACUUGUCAGAUUGAUUCUGAAGAGAGAGCUUCUGUUGCUCUAGUGUGCUCUGAAGGAGAGAACAGCAGUUCAACUGAACAAGAUGCAUAUAGCAGCUUUCAGGUUUAUCACAGUCAAUUACAUAUGUCCCAUCAGUUUAGUCAUUUUAACGUUCUCACUCAUCAGACAUUUUUGGGGACACCAUAUGCCCUUUCAUCAAGUCAGUCUCAAGAAAGUGAAAAUUACUUUUUAUCUGCUUAUACUCAAAGCUUGGAUAGAGAUAAAUCUCCAUCUCCAUUAAGUUGGGGGAAAAGUGAUUCUUCCAGGCCGUUUUCAAAAGAGAAAUAAUUAUAGUAAUUUUUUUUUUUUGAAACAGGUUGUUAUGGACUUUGUUUCUUAUAAGUGAAAUAACAAUUUAUAUUUCAUUCUCUAAACAAAAGGUUUCUUGUCCUUUCUCAAAUGUUUUUUUUUCCUUUUAUUUAAAUCAUGAUGGCCUGUAACAGUUGAAGCAUCUGAAAAUUGAAAUAAAUAUAUAUAUUUUUAACAUAUAUUGUACUUGAAUUAUCUCAUGUUGGCACUUUUAAGUUUUACAUUUAUAAGUCACCUGUACUUAGACUUCAAAUUGAAGCCUGUUUUAUACAUAAAAUUAGAUAUUUGCAAAACCAUAGUAAAUAACUUUUCCCCCCCUCUGUCAGGAUACCAGCUACUUUUGCUGAAAUGACAUAUCAGUCAACUAUUGUAUUUAUUUUAAGCUUUUGUAUAGUGUUUUUAUACAGGUAUAAGCCAGUGAUGUCAAUAAAUAUUUACAGGAUUUGGCUCAAUACCUCAAGAUUUAAGACCUAGGACUUAAUACCAGGCAGCAUUAUUUUUAUCUUUAAGCUUAGCCAUGUAAAAA